AUGCAUCGUCUUUUUGCUGAGCUGGAGCCAUCUUUAACCGUCACAGAGCAAAACCUGGCAGACCGAGUUCGGUAUAUCUUGCGCUCAAAUAUAUUUGAUGUCGCCGAACUCGAACGGCUACGACGUGAGGCUGUUCCCUCGUCGGAUGAGAAUGCUACGGCUGAGGAUGCGGCGCUACAAAUGAACGCCUCUCGAAAAUCGACCGCGACUUCCCCGCAUAGCCAUAAGCAAGCGGAAUCGGGCUGUCGUGAGGGCUCUGAACCCAAUGCUGGUUACCUAUUUGGAAGCCAGCCGGGACUUUGCGAGACGGACUCAAUUCUUUUUGGCGCCGCGCUGGCAGUCUGCCGUAUCAUAGGCGCCAAGGUUUCCACGGCUGGACGCGCUACUGGCCAUAGUAGCGCUAUCCCAGCAUGGAGAAGAAGAAUUGAGGAACGUAUCGCAAAGGCUAGAGCUCUCAUCGGCAGACUGAUAUGCUUCAGAUCAGGCAACAACAGGCCAAGAAUUGUGCGCACCGUCAGGAUGGCGUUUGCUGGGACAAAUGUCAGUUUGUCCCAGCCGGAUAUAACGCAAAAACUGACGGAGCGCAUAGAUGAUCUGAAGCAGAGAAUCGCUGCUUGGGGAAAGCGGAUUCGGCGAUAUACCGAGAGGUCGACACGGUUCAACCAGAAUCGUCUCUUCCAGAGUGAUCAGAAGAGGCUCUAUGAAUCAUUGGAGCGACCAAUGGUAAGUGGAACGGGUCCAGCACCGAAUCAGGCCGACACGGUAGCAUUCAGGCGCGGCCUGUGGUCAGAGCCCGUAAACCACAGCGAGGGCCCUUGGACGGAAGUUGUGGCGAGUCAGUGUGCGGGUAUUACGCCCAUGGACCCCGUCAUCAUAACGCCGGAUGACGUAGCUGAGGCGGUCCGUAGGGCCCCGAACUGGAAAAGUCCGGGGCUUGACGGGCUGCAUCACUACUGGCUGAAGGGGUUCAUGGUGUGUCACUCUGUGCUCGCCCGACAGUUUCAAGAGGCUCUCAACCAGAAGUCGCUCCCAAGCCUCUUCACUACUGGGAUCACUCAUUUGGUUCCUAAAGACCAGGGAGCCCAAAUAUUUAAGGGAACCGACCCUAUUUAUCUGGUCACAGUUACAAUUUGGAGAGCUCACGGAGCGAAAACUACAGUUGUUAUUGUGUACUUUAAGGCUAUUGAAAAGUGA